GGUGCUGGGAUUACAGGUACUCUGAUGGCGGCCACAGCUCAUUCCUCUUCAGGGCCGUGGCCCAGCUGCGGUCUCAACUUCGGGCCCACCUCCCUCGAGCCCCCCCAGCUCCCAGCCGGAGCCCCUCUGCCUGGUGCUGGGUUGGGGGAGCCCUGCUAGGCCCUGUGCUGCUGAGUAAGCAUUCCCGCCUCUGCCUCGUGGCACUGUGUGAGGCAGAAAAGGCCCCUCCGGCCUGCUCCACACCCAGUGUUGUGGAGUCUCGCUUUAACUGGAAGCUCUUCUGGCAGUUUCUGCGCCCCCACCUGCUGGUCCUCGGGGUAGCCAUCGUGCUGGCCUUGGGUGCGGCACUGGUGAAUGUACAGAUCCCCCUGCUCCUGGGCCAGCUGGUAGAAAUUGUGGCCAAGUACACGAGGGACCGUGUGGGGAGCUUCAUGACUGAGUCUCGAAAUCUCGGCACGCACCUGCUCAUCCUCUAUGGCAUCCAGGGACUGCUGACCUUUGGGUACCUGGUGCUGCUGUCCCACAUUGGCGAGCGCAUGGCUGUGGACAUGCGGAGGGCCCUCUUCAGCUCCCUGCUUCGACAAGACAUUGCUUUCUUUGAUGCUAAAAAGACAGGGCAGCUGGUGAGCCGAUUGACAACCGAUGUGCAGGAGUUUAAGUCAUCCUUCAAGCUCGUCAUCUCCCAGGGGCUACGAAGCUUCACCCAGGUGGCUGGCUGCCUGGUGUCCCUGUCCAUGCUGUCCACACGCCUCACACUGCUGCUGAUGGUGGCCACACCUGCCCUGAUGGGAGUUGGCACCCUGAUGGGCUCAGGUCUCCGAAGAUUGUCUCGCCAGUGUCAGGAGCAGAUCGCCAGGGCAACAGGUGUAGCAGAUGAGGCCCUGGGCAACGUUCGGACUGUGCGAGCCUUCGCCAUGGAGCUGCGGGAGGAGGAGCGCUACGGGGCAGAGCUGGAGGAGUGCCGCUGCAGGGCAGAGGAUCUGGGCAGGGGCAUCGCCUUGUUCCAAGGGCUCUCCAACAUCGCCUUUAACUGCAUGGUCCUGGGCACCCUGUUUGUUGGGGGCUCCCUUGUGGCUGGACAGCAACUCACAGGGGGAGACCUCAUGUCCUUCCUGGUGGCCUCCCAGACAGUGCAGAGGUCCAUGGCCAACCUCUCUGUCCUGUUUGGUCAGGUGGUGCGAGGGCUCAGUGCUGGCGCCCGGGUCUUCGAGUACAUGGCCCUGAGCCCCUGCAUCCCACUGUCUGGGGGCUGCCGCAUCCCCAGGGAGCACCUACGAGGCUCCGUCUCGUUUCAGAACGUCUGCUUCAGUUACCCUUGCCGCCCUGGCUUCGACGUGCUCAGAGACUUCACCCUGACGCUGCCCCCUGGCAAGAUCGUGGCCCUCGUGGGCCAGUCUGGGGGAGGAAAGACCACAGUCGCUUCCCUGCUGGAGCGCUUCUACGACCCCACGGCGGGCAUGGUGACACUGGACGGGCGGGACCUGCGCACCCUCGACCCCUCCUGGCUCCGGGGCCAGGUCAUCGGCUUCAUCAGCCAGGAGCCAGUCCUGUUUGGAACGACCAUCAUGGAGAACAUCCGUUUUGGGAAGCUGGAAGCUUCUGAUGAAGAGGUAUAUGCAGCUGCACGGGAAGCCAAUGCCCACGAGUUCAUCAGCAGCUUCCCUGAGGGCUACAACACCAUCGUCGGUGAGCGGGGCACCACCCUGUCUGGGGGCCAGAAGCAGCGCCUGGCCAUCGCCCGUGCUCUCAUCAAGCAGCCCACGGUGCUGAUCCUGGACGAGGCCACCAGUGCGCUGGAUGCAGAAUCUGAGCGGGUCGUGCAGGAGGCCCUGGACCGGGCCAGCACAGGCCGCACGGUGCUGGUCAUUGCCCACCGGCUCAGCACUGUCCGUGCAGCCCAUCGCAUUGUCGUCAUGGCCAACGGACGUGUCUGGGAGGCUGGGACCCAUGAAGAGCUCGUCAGGAAAGGCGGGCUGUACGCAGAGCUCAUCCGGAGACAGGCCCUGGAGGGGCCGUCGGCAGCCCCACCUGCCAAGAAGCCUGAAGGCCCCAGGAACCACCAGCACAAGUCCUAAAAGGCGUCCUCCGAGGUCUCUGCGGAGUAUCAGUGCCAGGGCUGGGCUGAGCGGGGGCAGCUCACGGGGACUGAGCUGCCAGGAGGGCCAGUGUGCUGUGCGACAGCCACCGCUGUCCCCUGCUCACAAUAAAACCAGCGCUCAGGAGGCCAGGAGCCCUCCCACUCGCUCCCCAGUCCCACUGGGCUGCCUCCCUCCUGCCAGAGUCACUGGGCUGCACGUGGGUAUGGGUGCAGGUGGGUGGAGGCAGAGUCCCCCGAGGCCCCUGCUCUGUUCUCCCUUUGCUCAGACCCCCCAGGCCCGUCUCAGAAUCUGCUGCCAGUCUCCUGCUCCACCCAACAGCCUCAGUUGUCCAGGCCCUCAGCUCCAGGGAACUUUACAAAAUCAGGGCCUGGGUGGGCCUGGGAAUCCAGACUUAGGCUCCUCCCACAUCCUGACCAGGACCUCACUGCCCUAGACGGGGGACUGACCCCCACACUCCCUCCUCCCCGGCGCUCUUCAGGCCUGGGAGAAGGAGCCUAGCCCUUGGCCCACUCUGGAACCCACACUCCCAUCCUCCGAGCAACCCCCCUUCCUUCUCCCUGCUCCAUUAACACAGUCCUGAUUUCUAGAUUUCACCUCCCCACCCCAUGCCCAAGAGGACAGAUGCCUAACAGGGCCCGGCCCUUGGGUCAGGGUAGGAGGGGCAGGGUGUGGGGUGGCCUGGGAGAAGCACCUUGCCUGCCUGGCUGUCUGCUGCUGGCCUCCCCUCUCAGUCCCCCAGAACACCGGGUCCUGAAUGAGACAGGGGAGGUACCAGGUGCACACCUAGGACUCUCAGCUGCGGGGCCAUAGUACUAGUAAGUCCAAAACCAGCAGGGAGCAGUUAGUGCAAAAUACAAUGCCACUGAGAGACCAGCCUCCCCAGAGUGGUCUGGGAGUCUCGCCUUGAAAGGAAGGUGCAGACAGCCUGAGUGACGUGUGCACGCAGCCCCAGAGAUGGGAGCAAGGCAGGGCUGGGCUCCAGUCGGCCUCCGGGGGCCUGGAAAGCAUGCAAGAAGGGCCUUGGAUUGAACUGGUGCCCCAGAGUCGAGAAGCAGUCAAGACCUCAUGUCCCUGUGCUGCUGCAGGUGCGUCAGCCCUCUUCACCUACUCCCAGGGCCAGUGGCCUCUUGCCUUGGUGCUGCUGUCACUUUCCACUGGGAUCCUUCCCCUGUACAGCCUGUGGGACUCCACAGAGCCCUGCUCCCCAGGGCAGGGGAAGAGGAGUUUCCCUGCACUGUACCUUCAGUGCCAGCCAAGCAUUUUGGAUUUAUCCUGUGGCAAAGAAGGGCGGGUGCCAUCUUUCAGGGUUGGUGGCAGCAGCUGAAAGAGCAGACUGCUGCUGUGGGGAGGCCAGCCUGGGACAGGCAGCAGUGGCUCAGGUGUGAGUACACAAGCUGGAGUGUGGCUCGAAGCCUCUGUGAGCAUGGUUUGGGACUAGGUGCUACUUUGGGGACAAGCCACCCCAAAGCCCCAGGGCCACACCCACUCGGUUUGAUAUCCUGCCUCCUGACUGAUUAGAGGUUGCAUAGAACUUGGCGCUGGCUUCAGGUUGCUUCGCCACCAAACCCAUCCCUAGCGCAGCCCAGCUCAGGGCCUCCACUUCCUGGAGAGUCCACGUGGCCCAGGUUAUUUGCCCAGCCCCUCCCCUGUGGGGCCUCACUGUUCAGCCACUGGCCUUGGACUGCCCAAGACGCCUUCUGACACCAGACUCUGGGUGUUUGCUUACAUCUUCAGGGUGUCUUCUCGGAGUCCAGCCCUCCUCCUCCCUGCACCCGCUAGGGAAGUAGUGACACCCCACCGCUGUCUGCCCUUGUUCCCUGUGCGACUUCACGGCCUCGGCCCCUCCAGCUUCUCGGUAGAGAUCAGAUGCCUGGCUGUGCUUGAUCUAGAGAGCCUGUUUUAAGUGUUUAAAUGGAUAAUUUAUAAAAUAUUUUGAAAUCCCAAUGCUGUAGCCUUGGA